AUGGCUAUUUUAUCUGCAGGCUACUGGCUUCUGCCCGUGUCUGCCCUCAACACGUCCCAACCAGCAAGCACCACCAGACUUUACAGCAAGGGAAUGUACUGCAAUGUACAAGAGUUGGUGACGCCUGUAGGAAAUGGGAGGAUGAGUUCGUGUAACACAUUUUUGUGUCAGGGAGGCUCUGUAAAUGUAGGAAACCAGUCGGUUCUUGUAGCCAAGAGACCAAACGUCUACAGAACCUGUAAAGAUGUGAAGAACUCCACAAAACCAAGACAACUGGUCCAAUUGUCGUCUGGUCUUGUCGUCAUGUGUGACACAGUGACAGAUGGAGGGGGCUGGACAAUUUUUCAACGUCGUGUCACUGGGAUCGUCGACUUCUACAGAAACUGGACGGAGUACAAGAACGGCUUUGGAGAUUACGGCAUUGGUGAUUUCUAUCUGGGCAAUGAAUACAUUUACUAUAUUGGUUUAAAAUAUUCCUAUGAGAUUCGAUUUGAUAUGUCUUAUCAGGGAAACAACUAUUACGCCCAUUACUCUACAUUUAGCUUUGGUUCAGAAAGUCAGGGUUAUAAAAUGUCUGUUGGUGGCUAUUCAGGCACGGCCGGGGACUCACAUUCCUACAACAACAACCUGAAGUUCAGUACUUAUGAUGUAGAUAACGAUUUAGUCUCGUAUAGCUGUGCUACUACUUACCAUGGUGCAUGGUGGUUCGAUAACUGCCAUAGGACAAGCCUAAACGGCAGGUGGGGGAGUACUGAACACGGUGUGGGUCUGAACUGGUAUGACGUCACUGGGUAUACAGCUAGUGUGGACAGCUGCGAAAUGAAAAUUAGAGCAUUAAAUUAA